AUGGAUGAUGAUGAUGAUGUCUUCUGCCACGUCUGUGUGGCCGAUAGACUAAAACAUCCGCAUCAAGAUCAUUGGGGAGAUCAUCUGGAUCUAUGGUUGUGCCAAAAUGUUGAUCCCAAAGGCGAUGAGGUCGGUCCAAAUCUUCCCACCAGUCAGAGAAUAACAUCGGGGUGGUCUCCUGUGUCGGAUUCUCUGUUGUUUCCUCAAGAUUCUCUUCCGUGGAAAUUGACUUUUUGGUGUCUUCAGUCUUUUCCGUCGUUGUACGAAUGGCAGUCCUGGAUAUAUUCUGUCGAGCGUGGUUGGUAACACUAAUUGUUCGGGAUAAAGCUCCAUUCCAAAAUUUUGAUCCCAGAGUUGAUGUGGACGGUCCAAAUCCGCCCACCAAGCAGAGAACAACAACGGUAACAAGGACAUUGCUGGCUCGAUCGAUUACGCUCUUUGGUGAUUUUUGUCUUUCAAUAUUUGAAAAAAUUGUGAAAAUUCACGUGUAUAAACAGAGUGCAGUAUGCUUUCCUUUGGUAAUGCGUACAAUGCCUGCAGCUGAACUGAAACUUUGCCCUCCACAGCUGCUAUUUAUGUGAGCUGGUUAUCGUUGAUGGGAUAUUGUCUAUAUCGUAAGUUUUCGAGAAGUUACCGAGCUAAAAAACAGAGAUAUCGACGCAUAGUUAAUUAAAUCAACAGUUGAUUAAACAAGCUGACGUACGAAUUAUUUGACCGUAAUAUUUAUAAGUCAGGUGUGAUGCUCGAUCAUGCUAUCUUAUUAUCUCUGUCUAUCUUUGUCUUGCUCUUUCUCAAUUUCAUUCACAUUGCUCUUUCUCAGUUUCAUUCACAUUGCGUUCAGUUCCAAACGCACGAACUAUCUAGAACGUUCCACAACGUUUUUCAAAAAAGCAUAUGUAAUACAUGAAAUAAAUGUUUUUUUCUUUUUAAAUUCGAUAUUUAAUCAACUAUGAAAUAUUUUUUUUAUAACAAUUAUACAAUGUAUGAUAUGGACGAUAGACAUUAGUUAUUAAAUAGACGUUAGUAGAAUUUUUAUCAGCAUUUCUAUAUGUUUUUAGAAAUUUUAUCAAUGGUACCAAAAAUAAAAUUGCAUGCCAUGAUGUUUACGUAUUAUAUAAAAACAUUGCGUAACAUUGUGCCAUCGACGAGGUAUAUGAAUUCAGGAUCACGAUCAGUGUCAGUGUUACUUUCAGAGCCUAGAAAAUCAAUACGAGCAUACAGUGGCGUGUCAUGUAUCAUCAAAUUUAAAUGAUAUCAAUUUAAAGAUAUCGAAUAAUAUAAUUUAUUUACGAGCGUAAUAAAAAGAAAUUUAUUACGAUAACAUUAAAUAUUAAUAUAUUACCUAAUAAAAUUUUAUUAUAGAUAUGAUAAUCGCAUUUUUAUAUGUAUUCAUAUAUUAUAUUAUACAUAAAUUUAUAUAUGUAUAAAUAAUAAACUAUGUAUUAUACAUUAUCAUAUUAUUCGGUUCGUUAAUUAAUAUUUCCAUUUUUAGACAUGUCAUAUAGAGAUCAUAAAGCUGAUGUAAUAAUGUUAAACUUGACUAAAGAUUGA